GAAAUAGGGUAGACCCUAUGUCACGAGAGUUCCGUGACUUUAUGUCAUUUGUCAAGUCUGUUGUCAUAAACAUAACCUCGUUAUAUAUAUAUAUGACCUUUGGGUGUUUUUUUUAUUUUUCAUCAUAAAUAAAAAUAAUACAAGCUCGAGCACUCACCAGCAAGAAUGAAUAUCCUACCCAAAAAAAGAUGGCAUGUGAGGAACAGAGAGAAUAUUGCAAGAGUUCGGGCUGAUGAAGCAAAAGCAGCUGAAGAAGAAAAACAAAGGCAAGAGAGGAUAAAACUAGCGGAACGUGAAGCAAGAAGGGAAUUGUUAUUGAAAAAGUCCAGAAUCAGUAGAGGUCUACCAACAACAGAUGAUGCUCCUGCAAAAACAGAUGAUGAAAAAUCUGAGGAUCAUGUCAACUUCUUCAAAGACCUGGAAGAUAAUGUUGCUGAAACCAAAGGAACAAACAAAGAACAUGAGAAAAGGGUAAAGGAAGAAAAAGAGAAGUAUGAGAAACAAAUAGGCUAUUUAACCUACUUAGGACAAGAUACGAAUGAAGCAUUGGGGAAGAAAAACUGGUAUGAUGUAUUACCAGACCGAUCAGACACUAAAGUUGAAGUAAAUCUAAAGAGCAAAGUCAGAGAAGAUCCCUUAGAACUGAUGAAGAAACAUUUAGUUGUAAAUCAACCUUCAAGUUCCAAACAGUCCGACUCUGCAAAAAGCAGUGGAGCUGGAGAAGUAAUGGAUCAGAAAAAUAGGCAUUCUGACAGUGAUGAUGAAAGCAGGCAUAAAAGAAAGAAAAAAAAGAAACAUAAGAGAAAAAAGAAGAAAAUAUCCAGCUCUGAUGAAAGCGACAGUGAAUCAGAGUUGGAAGAGAAGAAAGGAAAACAAAGAAAGCUAGAGAUGUUGAGAGCUGAAAGGAUAAGACGUGAAAGGGAAGAGAGAAGGCGUACUGAAGAAUUAUUAGCUCAAGUUUAUGGUACAGAUAAAAAGGGUGAAAAAGAAGACCAAAAGUCAUUUAAACCAAGAUAUAAUUCACAAUUUAAUCCUGAGUUAGCUAAGCAGAACUAUAAAUGAAGAAAUAAAUAAUAUAUUAAUUUGUAUUCAAAUGUGACCCAUUAAAUUCUCUGACCUUGAUUACCAAAAGUUGAGCCAGCUUGAGGUCUAUGUGCUCCUGUCAGUUUUGUCAUGAACUCUGAAGGGAUAUAAAAGCUCUUUCCCUAUGCUUGUCUUAAAAUAAUAAAAUAUAAAAAUGAUGCCAAGUAGAUCAAUAAUUAUGCAGUUUUUCUCAUACAAUGAUAUAUACCUGUACGUGAUUACUGGAGCAAGAAGCAUAAAUCUUAUCAACGUCUUACUACCAUGAAAAUUAAAUUAUUUGCACCACUAGUGUUUAUUGACUUCUCCAAGAACUUCGGAAUAUUAUCAAAAGUUAUAAACUGGAAGCUGUUUUUUGUCUAUAAUUGUAUGCCACUAUAACAGUGUUCAAAAACCACGUUUUUUCGACCUACCGUAAAUAUUUUUUUCUUACCAUAAUACAUAAUCAGUAGAAAGCCCCAUCAACCAUAGAAAAUUUUUUCAGCUCUUCAUUUGUUAUGACUGAACUAGCAAAGUCAGUUUCACUAUACGAUAUAAUGACUACUCUCGUGCAAAGUGUUGCCUGACGAGGUUAACUUCACCACACUCUAUUCUACCAUACUCACGUUCAAGGUGUUGGCCACAAAAAAUUGCAAGGAAUUCCACUAGACUAUUUUCGUUGACCGACUUUGAGGUCUACCCAUACACGUUUUCCAAAUAAAUCUGCAAAGUUAAUUUCUACAUACCAGUGGCGUGUAAAAGAAAAAAUGCGGUAGUUCAGGCACGUUUUUAAGCCGCACGCAAAAUAUAAAUUCUUAAACCCAAUCGUAUGGCUAGAUGAUAAUGUCAUGAUUAUUUUUAAUUUUCCAGAUUACAACUGCAUUGACUAAAAGAAACUCCGAAAUUAAAAGUGACAUUAAGACUUCAUGGCACAACUAGGACUAUCAUACUGUCUUCAGGGACAGAAAACCUCGAAACUCUAAAAUCGUCUUUGGCUGACUUAAAAGUUUUCCGAAAAAAAAAUAGUGUAAUUUGAAUUAACUGGGUGAAUUGAAAAUCCUUGACAUACAAAUGCUGUUUAUAAUUACUUUGAUAUUGAGUCAAAUAUAAGCGUUGCUAGAUAAACAAAAUUUUAGAGCUGUCACGUUUUUUCAGCUACAUUCUGAAUAAUCAGAAAUGAAAGCAAAUUUUCAAUUUUUCAAAAUUGUAACCUCUUCAGAUUAUCUUUUUGAUUAUGCCAAAAAAUUUUAGGUUGCAAAAGAUGACAAGCCAAACUUGGAUAAAUAGAAUAAAAUAACGCUAAGACGGAAAUAAGUGAUAUGAAUCUUCGACCGACUGAUAUCGC